UCUCUUCCUCUUGAAAUGAAAUCUAAACACCCAGUAGUCUUGUUUAACUUUUCUCGAAGCCCUUCUACUUACAUAUAUUAGUUUUUGCAGCGUGUGAAAAAAACAAGAGUUGAUAGAAAAUGAGAGCAGGAAUUUGCAGUGUACAGCAAGCUCUAACUCCUGAGGCUGUAAACAUAGUGAAACAAGCUGUUAGUCUUGCUACAAGACGAGGUCAUGCCCAAGUGACUCCUCUCCAUGUAGCAAGUUCUAUGCUUGCAUCUUCUGCUAGUCUUCUUAGAAGGGCUUGUCUGCAAUCUCACUCUCACCCACUUCAAUGUAAGGCCUUAGAGCUUUGCUUCAAUGUUGCUCUCAACAGGCUCCCAGCUUCGAGCUCCAGCCCUCUUUUAGGCCCUCAUUCUCCUCUCCCUUCCCUUUCCAAUGCCUUGGUUGCAGCCUUCAAACGUGCGCAAGCUCACCAACGUCGAGGCUCAAUCGAAAACCAGCAGCAGCCUAUUCUUGCUCUCAAAAUAGAGUUAGAACAACUUAUAAUAUCUAUACUAGAUGACCCAAGUGUUAGUCGAGUCAUGAGGGAAGCUGGUUUCUCUAGCACCCAAGUGAAAAACAAUGUAGAGCAAGCUGUGUCUUUAGCAGUCUCCCCUCAAAGUCCUGGAACUAAACAUCCUAAUAUGUCUCACUCUCCUUCUUACACCCAUUUGAGGAAUAUGACAAUGGCUCGUGGGAAGCCUUCGGAUCAAGUUAAGAAUGAUCGAGAUCAUGUGACAAGCAUUAUUAUCAACACAUUGGCAAGAAAAAAAAGAAACACCGUGAUUGUAGGAGACUAUUUAAGCAGUAGUGAGGAUAUAGUUAAAGGAGUGAUGGAUAGGUUUGAGAAAGGACAUGUUCCUGGGGAUUUGAGGUAUGUGCAGUUCAUAAGUCUUCCUCUUGUGUCUUUGAGGAAUCUUAGCAAGGAAGAGGUUGAGCAGAAGCUUGCAAAGCUUAGGCGUCUAGUGAAAUGCUAUAUUGGUAGAGGGGUGAUUUUGUAUUUGGGUGAUCUCAAAUGGGUAUCAGAAAUUUGGUCAUGUGAUCAACAAAGGAGAAAUAAUUGGUAUUGCCCUGUGGAGCUCAUAAUCAUGGAGCUCAAAAGACUAGUUGAUGGUGGAAGUGGGGAACAUGAAGAGGGAGUAUGGCUCAUGGGCAUUGCAACUUUUCAGACAUACAUGAGAUGCAAAACUGGUCAGCCUUCUCUUGGGACCAUGUGGGAGCUUCAUCCUGUUACAAUCCCACUUGACAACUUGAGUUUAAGUCUCAAUCUUGAGAGUGAUUCUCAAUCUCAGUAUGGAAGUAGGGUAUCUUAUAAAGAUGGGUGUUGUUGGCCAGUACAAGAAACAAGUGAUGAUAAACAGCUAAUUACUGGUGCAGAUACUUCAAUAAUCUAUUUCAACAGGGAAGCAGCAAAAAGCAGUACACAUGAAAACAAGGAUACUUCAACAAGCUUGCCUUCAUGGCUACAACAGUACAAGGAAGAUACCAGAAGAAACCCCAUAGACAAUCAGGAAUGUGUUAAUGUUGUGGAUGUAUGCAAGAAAUGGAACUCGUUUUCCAGUUCAUCAAACAAACAUCCCCAGAACACAGUUGAUAAGAAGGUCAUAAACUUUUCUUCACCAUCUCCUUCUUCCUCCGCUUCAGUCUCUUCUCAUGAGCACGCCAGCAAUUUGAAUCAAACUGAUCAUAUAAGCUGGCCAGCUAUUCUUAAGCUGAAAGUAGAAAAAGUCCGACCAAAAGAACACCAGUUCUGGAUUUCUGAGAAUGAUGAAGGAGUUGAAAGCCAUUUGAGAAGUUAUCACGGUCAUGAGCAUAAUAAACCAGAACUUCUAUCCAAUCCUAACUCUAGCCCCAACUCAGCUUCUUCGAGCGAGGCUAUAGAGGAAGAUACCGAUGGCCUUAACAUGUUCAAGGAGCUAAAUUCCCACAACUUAAACAUUCUUUGCAAUGCAUUGGAGAAAAAGGUUCCCCAGCAUAAGGAGAUUAUUCCUGAACUUGUGAGGACCAUCCUGCAAUGCAGGUCUGGGAUGAAGAUAAAGAAAAGUAGUGAACUGAAACAAUACAGACAAGAAAAGGAAGAAACUUGGCUAUUCUUCUUAGGUGGUGAUUGUGAAGUCAAAGAAGCGGUUGCUAGAGAGCUGGCUAGACUUAUUUUCGGCUCACAAAGCAGCUUUCUUUCGAUCAGCAUGACUCAUUACUCGAUUCAAGAAUCUAGCAAGAAGAGGAGGCAGGAAAUGGAUAGUAAGUGCUAUGUAGAGAAACUUGGCGAAGCAUUGAAUGAGAACCCUCAUCGUGUAUUUUUCAUGGAAGAUAUGGAUCAAAUUGAUUCCUUUUCUCAAAAGGGUAUCAAGCAAACAAUUAAGAGUGGAAAUAUAACACUUUCCGGUGGGGAGACUGUUCCUCUUAAGGACGCCAUUGUCAUUUUCAGCUGUGAAAGCUUCAGUUCAGAGUCAAUACCACCAUGCUCUCCCUCUACAAGGCAAAAAAAGACCAGUGAAAACGAAGAGAAGGAAGAUAAGAACAACCAGGGACUCGUCUCUCUAGAUUUGAAUAUUUCCAUUGAAGAUAAUACCAGCAGUGACGAGAGUUCAGAUGAAGAUAUCGGAAUUUUGGACUGCGUCGAUAGGCAAAUUGUUUUCAACUCUCAAGAAGUGUAGAAGUAGGGGAUGUUAGGUAGCUAAGUUGAUAGUUCUGCGUGCAUGCAUGGCUGGUUAAAAUUUUCUUUUUAGGAAAUUUUACAUUUUUUAUCCUAAAGAUUUGUGGGGUGGGAAAGAAAAAAUUUAAACUUACAAAUGGGUAUAGUAAUGGUGAGAGGAUUCUGGGAAAUUUUCAAGGAUUAGGGGCAAAAA